AUUUUAGAAAAUAUUGGCAUACCUACCGAGAAACCAUUUGAUAAGUUCUAUUCAUGUGUCUAUGGGAUUAUCGGCAUAUAGAGUAGUGUAAUAGUCAUUCGACUUGAGGUCAAUACGUACUACAUGUGCGGAGUGAUGUACUUUGACCAUGACCAACGUUUGCACUCCAAUCGGGGUAGAUACGGCAUGUGUUGGGUGCAUCACGAAACACAUGGAGUAAUAGUUGAGCCAAGAAAGGAUUCAUUCCUCGUAAUAGAUUAAGAGAGAACAUUCUACUUCUCAUAUCUAGAUGGAUCCUAAAGUCACUGGUAAAUGCAAAGAUAUAUUCGUUUUGGAUAACGAAUAUGAUCGUUAUGGAUCAUCUAGAAAGUUUGAGAGACAGAAACUAAGUUAUUGGAAUAGACACAAUAUCAUGUUUUAGACUUAGUUGAAUGUUCGUUGAAUGAAAUGACCUUAUCACUAUGAGCUCUAUAUUACAAGGAGUUUGAAUAGUCCUCGCAAACGUCCUUAUAUAUUAAGUUUGUCUCGUAAAUCGUCUAGGGAUUCUACUUAGAUCUUAAUUUGAUUAAUGCUUCAUAUAUAAAGCCCUAUGGGUCACACAACAAGUGAUUAUACCUUCCGAUUGAAUUGUUAGAAGGAAUUAAAUAUUAUUAAUUGGAUUAAAUAAUAUUUAAUUAGUAAUACUGAAAAUGGAUUAAAUAUUGAUUAGAUUACACAUAUUUAAUUCAUGAAGUUGAAGGAGAGUUCUAUUUGAUAGAAUUAGUUAAGUGGAAUAAAUUAGAUUUAUUGUACUUAAUUAAGAUGUAUUUAUUAUUAAAUAAAGUUGUUAUUUACUUUUAUGAUUUGGAACUAAAAGGAAAAGAAAAGAAAAUAAAUAAUAAUAUAGAUAUAAUAAAUAGAGAGUGGCGUGCAGCCACUUAUUUAUUGUUAUUAUUAUUAUUAAUUAUUUUGUUUUAUUCAACUAUUUAAUUAAUAAUGAGUUUUGAUCCUAAUAGGAUUAAAACUCAUUAAUGAAGAACAUUUUCAUUGUGAUUGGGAGACUAGUUUAGAACUAGUAUAAAUACAUCCUUUUCUUUCAUAAUUGAUAGACCAAUUUUCAGAUUCAGUAUUACCAGUUUAUUUCCCUACAAAGAGAUUUCCUAGUCUUUCCCUUAGGGAGAUGUAACCGUUCUUUUGGAAAGGAGAAAUCAUGUGGAUACCAAAGGUCAAAGAAUAUCACCGCUAGCCUGGAAGAUCUGUAAGUUCUAACUCCGAUCUGUUAUUAUUAUCAUAUUCGUUAUUUUGUCAUAAUCAGGGAAGAUCUGUUUGGGAAAAUUUUAAACUUUCGCUGCUGUACUUUCGAGGCUUUUAGGAAUGUCGAAUUUAUCAUUGAGAAGUAUCUUGGAUACAUGCAAGCUAACUGGACCAAACUUUCUGAACUGGGAAAGAAAUAUGCGUUUCGUUCUUAGACAAGAAAAUGUUGAGUAUGUGUUUGACACACGGGUACCCAAGAUUCCUAAUGCCAACUCUCCUGAGUUUGCCACGUUUGACCUGACUGCUCGAGAGAAACACGUCACUGAUGCUAAAACUGUGCAAUGUGUUAUGUUGGCUGCAAUGUCUAUGGAGUUGCAAAGGCAACACGAUAGGAUGAGCGCAUUCGAGAUGCUUGAACACUUGAAAAGUCUGUUUGAUCCAGAAAGUCAGACUCUAGAGUAUGAACUUCUGGCAGACAUUUUCAAGUGUAGGCUUCAUGAGGGUGGCAACGUGAUUGGCUUAAUUGAAAGAGUUGCUACCACCAGAAUUAAGUUUGAGGAUCGUGUCUCAGCUGCUAUCAUCCUAUAUUCGCUUCCGAGUUCAUUCACUAACUUCAUUGUGAAUUAUAAUUUGAACAAAACGAAAGCGACCAUGUCUGAACUCCAUAACAUGCUCAGGUCUUAUGAAGCCUCAACCUCUAAAGGAAAGACUAUUCUUAUGGUAAGCUCUAAUGCUAACUCUCGUUCUAAGAACAAGAAUAAGCAAAAGAAGAAAGGUAAGAUUGGACCUACUCCUACAGCUCUGAAGCCUAAAGGUGGAGGUCAUAUGAAGCCAAAGGUUGCAAAGGAUGUUUUCCUCUACUGCAAAGAGAAAGGGCAUUGGAAGAGAGAUUGUGAGCUGUAUAAGGCUAAUCUAGCCAAAGCACCGGGUGCUUCAAGCUCAGAAGCCUGAGAAGGAGUGUAGCAGUUGGACUGGGUAAAUUUUACCUACGCGUGAAGGCUGGAGCAAAAGUUGCUGCUAAACGUGAUAGGAUCUUAUAGUUUAGAUUCGCCCAGUGGUUUUAGAUUAGAAUUAAAUAAUUGUUAUUUUAUUCCUUCUAUUACCAAGAAGAUUAUUUCCAUUCAAAUGUUAGACAUUAAAAGAUUUCUGUUUCCAUUUUGAUAAUAAUAAUUGUUAUUUUCGUAAAA